AUGAAAACAAUCAGCCAGCUCAAAGCAGAAAGCAAGCCAGAGACAUUGCUGAGAAAAAGAGAAAGAGCUGAUGACGAAAGGAUCAGGGACCAAAUAACUAAAGAAAGAGAAGAACAGAUGAGAAGGAAAAAGGAAAGGGUUCCAAAAAUCAAAUCCAUUGGCUCAUUUAUCGCUUCUCAAAGAACUAAAAACAAAUCAGAAAAAGCGUUGCUAGUAAGAAUGAAAAGAAAGUAUACUUAACUUAGUAUCUGGUGUUUAAGGGUCUAGUGCCGCGCCCUAAUAAAUAGGGCUAGAGCAGACUAGUGACGUCACUGAGCCAUCUUGGAAUCGCGAUGGUCAGCCCAUCGGCCAAGUCUUCUAUCAAAGCUUCGCCGCACGUCUCACCUGGAAAAGAAAGUAUACAGAUAUCCCUUCUGAUGGUCAAUUAAUUUUUGCCAUAAGGAUCCACAUGUAAUGGUUAUUUAGCUCUGUGAAUGCUGCAAACCCAAUAAAGAAAGCAUUAAACACCUUAAGACUCACACAAAGAUAUACAGGUAUAUUUCUAAUUUGUGAUGAAGCUACUCAGUUGCUCUUGAAAACAGCUGAGCCAUUCAUUACAUUUGGGAAUCCAAGCCCUGCUUUGAUUGACAAGCUUAUCAGAAAACGAGCUAAAGUCAUGAAGGAUAAUUUGGAAAUUCCUUUAAAAGAUAACACAAUGGUCGAAGACGCGCUUGGGGAAGCUGGAGUUCUUUGCAUUGAUGACAUUAUUCAUGAAAUCAGUCACCCUGCAGAAAACUUUAGCAAAGUCACCAAUUUCUUAUGGUAAAACCUACUUAGCCCUUUCAAACUUAAUGUUCCACCUAAACAAUUCCUUAAAACUCCAUUCAACAAAGGAGGAGAUUAUGGGUUCAGAGCUGAACAAAUCAAUGACGUGAUUGAAAAAAUGACCUAA